AUGACGUUAGAUAAUCUUUCAGAGGGCUAUGAAAACAGAAUUGUACUUGGUUGUGACGCUCGCUAUGGAAGCACUACGCUUGAUAGACACAAGAUGGCAGUAGAGCGGUCUCGUAUGCAACCAAUCAAGUGCCCAUACCUGGGAACUAUCAAUAGGCAUCUGUUGGACUUUGAUUUUGAAAAAGUAUGCUCCAUCACGCUCUCAAACAAGCAUGUCUAUGCGUGUCUCGUUUGCGGGCGCUACUUUGAAGGGAGAGGAAAGAAUACCUGCUCCUAUGUACAUGCUCUACAAGAAAGACAUUAUGUGUUCAUAAACCUGCAUGACUGCAAGGUCUAUUGCCUACCGGAAAAUUAUCAAGUUGAAGACGCAUCACUCAACGACAUAUCGUUGUUUCUGAAACCGUCAUUUACCAAAGAAUACGUGGAUUAUAUAGAUUCCAAAAUCGUAUAUGGAAAGGCGCUGGAUGGGACAGAUUUUAUACCGGGGUGUGUCGGUCUAAAUAACCUGAAAUGUACAGACUUCUUCAACGUCAUAAUUCAGGCGUUAUGCUCCGUGGCGCCCAUACGAAACCAUCUGCUGCUUCUGGACGUAGAGGUUAUACAACCACCAGAUAAUGUUAUAACGGCUCUUGUGGAACUAGUACGGAAAAUAUUCAAUCCGAAAAACUUCAAAGGCAUUGUUUCUCCCCAUGAAUUCCUACAAGCAGUAGGAGUUGCGUCGGGAGGUAUGUACAAAAUCGGAACCCAAGGCGACCCAGUGGCUCUGAUGUCGUGGUUGUUUAACAAAAUACAUUGCAGGUUGAAGAAUAAAAAAAAUAAUGCAUCGAUUAUAUCAAGCACCUUCGGAGGGCAGUUAAUUGUUAUGACCCAGGAUGAACAGGGAUGGAAGGAGGAUAUUGUGAGCUUCAGAAUGCUCAGUCUGGAAGUCCCAAACGCACCCAUAUUCAAAAGUGCGCAAGACAAAAACGUGAUUCCUCAAGUUUCCAUAAUCCAGCUUUUACAAAAGUUUAAUGGGCGGACCGAACAUGUGUCAGCCAAAGGGCUUAUCUGCCGAUACAGGCUAUGGAAACUUCCGAAGUAUUUGAUUAUCAAUGUGAAAAGGUUUACGCGUAAUAACUUCUUCCUGGAGAAAAACCCGACGAUUGUGUCUUUUCCUAUGAAAAACCUCGAUCUUUCCGCCUAUGUUGAUGAUCGUGCACCAGACAAGUAUCAUACGAACGGGAGAUAUGACCUUGUGUGUAAUGUUUGCCAUCAGGGAAGUCCAGCGGCCGGGCAUUACAAGAUCCAUGUGCUCCAUGGACCGUCAGGAGAUUGGUUUGAACUGGAGGACCUUCUCGUCACAUCGGUAUUACCGCAGUUUGUUGCGCAAUCAGAAUCGUACAUACAAGUCUACAAGCGGCAAGAUGACGAAAGUGGUGCCGCGCCUUAG